AUGAACAAAUAUCAGGCACUUUGCAUUUUCUAUGUUGCUGGAGGCUCUUUAUUCUACGGAUACGACAGCGGCUGCACGACCUCGAUCCUCGGAUAUGAAGACUUCUUGGAGUACUUCGCCCUGACGCCGACCACAAUUGGAGCUUUCGGAUCUGCCUACUAUGCUGGCGGCGCAGUUGGCUCGUUUCUCAACUACUACCUGCCGGACAAGUUUGGACGACUCCGGACGAUACAAAUCUCAUGCGUGCUGUCGUUGCUCGGAUCCGCGAUGCAGACUGGGGCUACCAACUUCCCCGUCUUCGUUGUUGGUCGUGUCAUCGGUGGCAUCGCUUGUGGCAUCAUCUUCUCCGUCUGCCCAACCUACGCCAGCGAGAUCUGCAGCCCUGAGGUCCGCGGUCGGGUAGGAGCACUAUACGGUUUUAACGUAAACUUCUCCUACAUGUUCACCGAAUGGGUUGGUCUCGGAUUCUACUUCCUACCCGGCAACGCGGCCUGGCGAACGCUUCUUGGGCUACAACUCGUUCCUGCGGCUGUGAUGCUCUUCGCUUCCUUCUGGAUGCCCUUCUCGCCGCGGUGGCUGGUCAUGAAGGGGAGGGAUGAUGAGGCUUUGGAGACACUGAAACGGCUCCAUGGCAGCCCUUCUGGCGACGAUGAUUUCUACCUCAAGGAAUAUCAUCAGAUCAAAUCUCAGUACCACAUCGAGAAAGACGAGAAGUUGGGCAUCGUUGCGAUAUUCAAGCGGCCUUCAUACCGGAAGCGAAUGUACCUCAUCUUGACAUUUUCUCUAUUCGGCCAGCUUACGGGGAUUAUUCCGUUGCAGAAUUACCAAGUCACGAUUUACACCACCCUCGGCUUCAGCAAUGUAUUCAGUCUGAUCUUGACUGGCAUCUGGGGUACCCUUGGAUGCAUAUCCACAGCCACUGCCUUCUGUGUCGUCGACAAACUCGGCCGCCGACCUCUCCUCUUUAUCGCUUACGGCUUCAUGAUACCAGGUGGGAUAAUGUUAGUCACACUGUGGGGUGUCUACGAGGCAGGAGGUUCGACAAACAUUUCGAUUGGCAAAGCGGUGAUAUUCGGCAUGUUCUUCUAUGGAUUCGGAUACGGAGGCUUCAUCAACACCUUCUUCCCAGCCUACUCUUCGGAGAUUAUGCCAUCCAACAUAAGAGCGACAGGCACAGCUACCGGCUAUGCUGUGUUCAACAUAACCGUUAUCCUUCUCACACAAAUAACACCGCUGGCGAUCGAGAGGAUCUCGUGGCGCUAUUUUCUUAUCUUCUUAAUAUGCGAUGUCAUCUUCAUUAUCAUAUUUUCGAUCUUCUACCCCGAGACCAAGAACAAAACGUUGGAGGAGAUUGCGGCGUUGUUUGGAGAUGAGGUUGCCGAGACUUUGGAGGAAGCGGGUACGCACAAGGAGGAGGUAUUGCAGAGGGAAAAUGUGGACGAGAGCAAGCAUUUGCAUGAAUGA